AUGAGAGCCCGAGUAGGGAGCUGUAUGAGCUUAUAUGAGAUGCAUCGUUAUCACUUCUUUGAGAUGCACGGUUGCACCAUCUUUUUGGUGCAUUGUUACACCAUCGUUGAGUUCAACCUGAUGUUCAUGAUGAUACAUCGUUUCGCAGGUUCUUGGCGACUCUGUGACAUUAGUUGUUGCUUCGCACGAUGCUUCAUCGCAAUGAGUGGGCAGCAACCGAUGAUGAUUAGUGAUAACCAACAAACGGUGGUCGGCGCUGCAGCACUAAGAGGCAACUUAAGUUCCUUCUUUAAGCUUCAGGCUUCAAGCCCGCUCCCCUUCCCUUUAAAGAGAGCUCUCACAGGCCAUGCAGAGGCCGCGAAGCAGGAGAAGAAGGCGUAUAUUGUGUACAUGGGCGAGCGGCUGAGGAAGGACGAUGUGUUCAUACAAUCAUCUCAUAGAAGUCUGCUUAAUCAAGUAAUUACGAGUGAUGAUGCAUCAGAACGCCUAAUCCAUAGUUACACCAGAAGCUUCAAUGCCUUAGCAGCCAUGCUAUCUGAUGCAGAAGCGAAGAAGUUAUCUGGUAUGGAUGAGGUGGUGUCUGUCUUCCCCAGCCAGCAAAGAGAGCUUCAUACCACGAGAUCAUGGAGCUUCAUCGGCUUCCCGGCGAGCGCGCCUCAUAAUGAUUUCGAGUCCGAUGUUAUUGUUGGCAUGCUAGACACCGGCAUUUGGCCGGAAUCUAAAAGCUUCGAUGACGCCGGCUUUGGCCAGCCACCACACAAGUGGAAAGGCACUUGCCAGACGUCCAACCACAACUUCACUUGUAACAACAAGAUCAUUGGAGCUCGCUACUACCACCUUCAAGGAAAUAUAAGCGCAGGCAACAUCCCCUCCCCACGCGACACCGCCGGCCACGGCUCUCACACCUCCUCCACCGCCGCCGGUCGUUCGGUCUCUAAUGCCAGCCUCUCCGGCCUCGCCGCCGGCACUGCUCGAGGCGCCGUGCCUUCGGCUCGGCUCGCCGUCUACAAAGUCUGUUGGGAAUGCUCUGACGUUGACCUCCUCGCCGGCUUCGACGAUGCCAUUGCAGACGGCGUCGACAUCAUUUCCAUUUCAAUCGGCUCAAGCUUUGCUGUCGAUUACUUCUCUGAUCCGAUUGCCAUUGGAAGCUUCCACGCUUCCAAGAAUGGUGUUCUGGUUUCAUCCUCGGCUGGUAACUCCGGACCAGGAAGGUAUAGUGUGGCAAACUUCGCCCCGUGGAUGCUGACGGUGGCCGCGAGUACUAUUGACCGCAAGUUUGUUGCUGAAGUCAAGCUUGGUAAUGGUGAAGUUUAUCAGGGAAUGGCUGUGAACACAGAUGGCGACAGCGCACAACUACACCCUUUGAUAUACGCAGCAAAUGCUCCUAACAAAUCUGCAGGCUAUGAUGGUUCAUCUUCUAGGUACUGCUUUGAAGGAAGCUUGGAUGAGAAAGUGUCCAGGGGGAGCGUGCUUAUAUGCGAUGCAUUAAACGACGGAUCUGGGCCGCAAGCUGCAGGUGCUCUUGGGACAAUUAUGCCGGCACAAAAUGCGAAUGAUUUCGCCUAUGAGUUUAAACUUCCUGUCUCCGUGUUGGGAGUUAAUGAUAGCGCUAAAGUCCUUUUAUACUCCAAUAAAACAAAAAAUCCUAUGGCAAGUGUUGCAAAGAGUGAGGGAGUGUUGGACAGCCUCGCGCCUUAUGUGGUCUCAUUCUCGUCUCGAGGACCACAUCCCAUCACAAAUAAUUUACUCAAGCCUGAUUUGGCCGCGCCUGGAGUCGAUAUCUUAGCAGCAUGGUCUCCACUUAGUAUUCAAAAAUCUUCACUAUAUAACAUUGUUUCUGGUACUUCCAUGGCUUGCCCUCAUGUUAGUGGCUCUGCUGCCUACGUCAAAUCAUUCAACCCUUCUUGGUCUCCAGCUGCUAUCAAAUCUGCUCUUAUCACCACAGCAAGCAACAUGAACCCGAACAAGAACACUGAAGCAGAAUUUGCUUAUGGAGCAGGACAAGUAAAUGCCCUCGGAGCAUUAAAGCCCGGUCUUGUCUAUGAUGCAGAAGAAGCUGACUAUGUGAAAUUUUUAUGUGGUCAAGGCUACUCCACCAAAAACCUUAGACUUAUAACAGGAGACUCCAACAGUUGUACUCCUGAAAAUAAUGGGACUAUCUUUGAUCUCAAUUACCCUACUUUUGCAUUACUGAUUGCUACUGGAAAGCAUUUUUCAGCAACAUAUAACAGAACUGUCACUAAUGUUGGUGAUUCAAAUUCUAGCUAUAAGGUGGAUGUGAGUGCUCCUUCUGGGCUUAAGAUUAAGGUUGACCCGCAAGUAUUGACUUUUCAAAACCUUCUUGAGAAGAAGUCCUUUGUGGUGACGGUAGAAGGAGAAACCAAGGAGACACUUCUAUCAGCUAGUUUGGUGUGGAGUGAUGGUGUGCAUGAUGUAAGAAGCCCUAUUAUUGUUUAUGCUGCUUAA